UAACAGAGUUUUUUUUUUGGGCGUGUUAAUAAACACCAAUUGGAAUAACACAUUAACACACAUUGAUUCAAUGCACGUCCCAAAAAGUUUUCUUAAAAAGUACUGUACAGGAGGUCUGAAACCAGAUUGGUGACAUAUAUUCCAGCUGAAGGUCGAUUGAAGGAGCACCACUUUUACAAAAAAUACUGACCUGGUCUACAAACACUGGUACUAGGCACCAGUAUCAAGUAAUAUAGAUUGCCUUGGGACGGAGCUUCACUCCCACUCACUUCCUCAGCAACAGCAGGGGAAAAGAACAGCAGGGAGCCAUAGAAGUGGACAAGUCAAAAGAUCAACAUCUCAUCAGAUCUGUCUGAGAGGACCAGAAGGUGUGGGAAGAGGAAUGUCUGUUUUAUGCCUGAGAGAGAUCUGCCCCAAGGUGAGGAGCAUCAAACAGACAGAGCUGGAGCCCUUGGUGAGACGAGCAACCCAGAUCAGAACAGAACUCACACAGGAAGUGAGGAAGCCUUAUAAGGAUGUGAUAGACAUCUGCUGGGGAGACCCACACAGAGGAGGGGUCAAACCCUUAACCUUCGUCCGACAGGUUCUUGCAGCCUGCCUCUACCCUCAGCUGGUCCAAAGUGAUAAACUGCCACUUGAUGUUAGACAGAGGGCCCAAAGCCUGCUGAGCGCAUGUGAUGGGGGGAGUGUAGGCUCAUACACGCCCUCUGGUGGUAUCUCUUAUAUACAGCGCAGCGUGUCCAACUUCAUCUCUCGACGAGAUGGUGGUGUACCAUCGUCCCCCGAGAAUAUCUUCAUGACCUCUGGCUCCCAGAGGUCAAUAAUGCUGGUGCUGAAGCUGUUGGUCCACAAUCAGGCCUCACUCCCUACAGGUGUGUUGACUCCUGUGCCCACAUACUCUUCUUUCAAAAUGGCGUUGCAGGGGCUCGGUGCAGCCGUUGUUCCCUACUACCCAGAUGAGGAGCAUGGCUGGGCACUGCAGGUGGAGGAGCUACGCAGAGCGCUACAGGUCUCUAAGGGUGUCUGCAACCCUGUUGCCUUGUACGUCAUCAACCCAGGAAAUCCUACAGGUCAUGUUCAGAGCAGGAAGUCUAUUGAAGAGGUAAUCCGAUUCGCUGCUGAGGAGAGGCUCUUCCUCAUGGCUGAUGAGGUGUAUCAGGACAGUGUGUUCGGGGAGGGCAGUGAGUUUGUCUCUUAUAAGAAGGUUCUGUCUGAGAUGGGGCCUCCCCUCUCUAAUACAGUGGAGCUGGCCUCUUUCCACUCAGCAUCCAAAGGCUUCAUGGGAGAGUGUGGGCUACGAGGUGGGUAUGUGGAACUGGUGAACCUUGACCCCACCGUCAUGAGGUACGCCUACACCAUCUUCUCCACUGACAGCUGCGCGGCAGUGACUGGUCAGCUAGCCCUGGAGCUCAUGGCUAACCCUCCCAGGCCAGGGGACCCCUCAUACCCGGUCUACGCCCAGGAGACCCAGUCUAUCCAGGCCAUGCUGGUCCAUAACAUGAACUGGGUCCCGGAGGUUCUGAACAAUAUUUCAGGGAUCAGCUGUCAGCCAAUGAUGGGAGGGGCUUUCGUAUUCCCCCGGCUGUAUCUACCCCAAGGAGCCAUCGAGAAGGCAAAGGUAGUAGGGAUGCAGCCUGACCUGUGGUACUGUAAACGGUUACUAGAGGAAGCAGGAGUGUGUGUGGGGCCAGGGUGUCAGUAUGGACAGAAGGAAGGCACCCACCACAUCAGACUGUGUGUCAUGACCCCAGUGGAGACCAUGGAAGAGGUACUGAAACGCCUGAAGAACUUCCACCUGCAUUUCCUCAAGGAGUUCUCCUGAAAACUGGCUUCACCUAACCUCACCUCAUAGCCCAAUGAUGAAUAAUACAUUUAACUUCACAAACAGAGUACAGAGAAUCAAAAUAGCAACCAGUAACCUCAUUUAUAAAGUUUUUAUAUAUUUUGACAGACCAUAUUUAAAUAAUACAACGUUAAAAAAAAAACUUACAAAACAUGACCUACGUAGAAAAAUUAUGGAUUUGGAUAGUCCAAAGAUGGUUUGUAGAUGUUCAGUAGAUGUUCAAUAACUGUCAACAGCAUUUCAGCUAACUAUCCACAAACCCUAACCCUUAUCCUAAGCCUAAACUUAACCCUAACCCUUAUAAUUUACUAACCUUAACCCUUACCCUAAU